AUGUCGGUGUUAAGUCAUUCCGUGUGCAACAUUAUGAAAAGAGUAUUAGUGGUUAUAUUAUUGUAUAUAGAAGGCAGUAGACAUGCCUCGUUUUCUAAUUUUCUGGGCUUGAUGGUUAGCACUGUUGGAUUGUUUAUUUAUGUUGGUUUAAAAGUAUCCGUUAAGAAUUCCAAUAAUAGAGAUGUCACAUCCAAAGAACAAGGUAAACGAGACAGAAUGAUUAUCAAGAUAGCUGCUUUCCUCAUUUCACUUGUUUGUCUGAGUAUAAUUGGAAUGUAUAGCCACACCAAUAUAAAAUUACGAUAUAGGUAUGAUGAUGUUGCAAAGAUGCCCCUGGAAGACUUCGAAUCACGUUCAUUUGGCAGAAAAUCAUUAGACAUGAUGGACACGUCAGAUCUGGAACCAGAUGUCAAUGACGGCCAUUUUGAAAAUAUACCACGUCUAAAACGAUUUCUCAGAAAAAAGCUGAUAAAGACACCUUACGAUACUGAUAUUCUGUCCCCGCAUCUUAAAACAAGCACAGAAGUUAUCCGAGAGGCUCAAAGAGUACAUUUCAAUCUCUUGUUUGAAAUUGCUACGUGGUUUCCGGUACGCCAUGUUGUUUGA